AUGGACCACCUCUUCAUCGCCUGGCAGCUCACGGCGCUCGUGUCGGGGCUGCUGUCCAGCGGGGCCAUGAUCUACUUCUUCGUCAGGUAUCCCAGCACCAGAGUGCACCCGGGCCUGGUGCUCAUGAGCAUCUUCCUCAGCGUCAGCAUCGCCAGCAUCAUGCGCGUGGGACUGCACGCAUGGUACAUUCUGCUGGACCCGGACGACGUCGGCGGCCCGCUGCCGGCCACGCUCAGCCGCAUCGCCAACGAGGAGCUGGGCCACGAUGCCGGCGUGCUGGAGAACUACGUGCCCUUGUUCUUCUGGUGCUAUUUCUUCUUCAACACGGCCUCGACGCUGUGGUUCCUCAUGCUGGCGCUCGACCUCAUCUUCUCGCUGUCCAACCCGUUCCUGCCGUUCAACGCCGACAACGUCAUGCACCACAUCUACGCGUGGCCCGUGUCGCUCGUCUACUGCUUCGUGUUCCGCUACAUCCUCGGCGCCUUCCAGACGGACCUCACGGCCAACGUGAUGCUCUACUUCGACCUGCCGGCGUACUUCGUGCUGCUCUACAUCGUGUUCGCGCUCGUCCAGUGCUGGCGCCGCAUCCGGAUUCUCGAAAAUCUCGCCCACGCGACGACGCUACGGAUGGCCAAGCGCAUUCUGCCGUACCUCGGGGUGUUUGGGAUCCACACCAUCGUCGCGUUUGUUAUUUACUUAGUGCAGCUCGGGACGGAGUUCGGCAGGAUGACGCCGAACGCGCUGGAUCAGCUCUCACUCGUGCUUGAAACGCUGGCGCUCUUUGCGCUCUUCUGUCGAGACGCGGGGGUGUUCAAGGCGCCGUUGAAGGCCCAGAGCGCGGUCGAGAGCAACCCAGACAUCAGCAAUGCUAGCAACCAGUCCCGGACAACCAUCACGCAGAUCGAGGCUGGAGGUGCGACGCUGACGUCUACGUCGGGGGGAGCCCCAGCGAUACACACGCAGGAUAAAAUCGAUGUAUCGAACAAACUACGCAUGGACGUGAUGAGGUACAUGUCCAUGGGGAUCAUGAGCUCAAUCGAGACGGCGCAAAAGCGCGAGAAGAACCCUGCCGAUGGAAGCGUCAGUGCUGAGGUCACGGGAUCAGACACGGAAGCGUUCGCGAUGGAUCUUGGCGAUUGCUACUCGAGAGUCAGCUACAACGACUACAACCACGUUGAAAAUAUGGGCGUGGUCGUCUACGGCAAGAAGAACAGCACCAUGCUCAACUUUAAGGACUGCGCGCCGAAGAUCUUCCACCGCAUUCGCGCACAGUUCAACAUCGACCAGGACUUUUACAGGGAGUCGUUCGACCCGUCACAGAUUCUCAGCGAGCACGGGUCUGAGGGCAAGAGCGGCAACAUCUUCUACUUCACCGCAAAUAUGCAGUUCAUGGUGAAAAGUGUGCCCAAGGAGGAGUUCGACACGUUACGAGCAAUCUUGCCUCACUAUCACGAGUACCUGCAGUCGAACCCGAAAUCGAUGCUAUGCCGCUACUUCGGCUGCCACUCCAUCUCUCUACCCAUCGGCACGCGUCGAAUGUACUUUGUCGUGAUGCAGAACCUCUUCAACGAAGGGGCUGUGCAGCAGCGAUUCGACCUCAAGGGCAACCGGGAUCGACGGCAGGCGGUAAGCGCCACAGAGAUGGAGCGACUUAUUGAGCUGGCCAAGGAGAGGAAGCCUAUCAAGCAGCUGCUAAUGGACAUCGACUUCCUCAAGAUCAGCUCGGGCCUCUCGCUGUCCGACGCAAACACGCGCCUGCAGCAGGACCAACUCUGCAGCGACUUCGUGUUCCUCGCCAGUCGCGGCAUCAUCGACUACAGCAUCCUGCUCGGGGUCUGCUAUGCCGAACGCGAUCCACACCGGACGUACCGGAACGGGGUCAAUUCUCACGACCGGAGCGACGUCUACUACCUCGGCAUCGUGGACAUGCUGCAGCGCUACAACUGGCGCUGGACGCUUCAGCGGUGGUUCUUGGGCUUGCUGCUGUGCAAGGACACCCACGACGUGAGCGCCGUGCCCCCCGACGAGUACGCGACUCGACUGGCGGAUUUCGUGCGCGACAGGAUGUUCGACAUGUGCGGCAACAGCGACGACCUGAGCUUCCGCCACGGCCGUAGCAGCCUCUUGGGCAGCGGCUGCACGGGCGAAAGCGGCUUCAGCAGCGACUCAUCCCAGAGCAGGAGCUUCUCGUCGACGCCGCAGACGUCCUUCAGCGUGGGCGUCCUGGAGCCCAGCGACCGCCGGUCCAUCGAGAUGCAGCACUUGUCCGUCUUCUCGGCCAGUUCGUUGGGCACCGCGGGCAUCGAGCCGUCGUCCUCGUCUCCGUCGGUCGCGUACUCGUCCGUGUGUGAAAGCCCCGUGGAGGCCGCACCGGAGAUGCGCAAGACCACCACGUUCUUCGUCUAA